AACAAUACCUUACGCAUAACUAAUAGCCACAGAACCCAGCGAGGGCCGUUCUACAAUAGCAAACAGAACAUUCUCAAAGCAACCUCGGCCAGAAGCCAGCCGUUCGCUGGACAGUGGAACUGAAACUGCGGAAAUGUUUUUUUGAGAUUUGUGUUGGUAUUUUUAUUUAAUACAUUUUAAGGAGUGAAGCUCGCUAUUAAAGCGUCGCUAUAACAGUUAGACUUCGAACUAAAAGGGAUUCUUACUAAACCAUGAACCAGACGAGGAAUUUUCAGCUUUUUCUAUUGGUGGUCAUAUCUUCAGCCCUCUUACUUUCAUCAUUGCCCUCUUCUUCAUCAUCAACACCACCACCACCAUCAUCAUCAGAUGCUCCAUUCUGUCCUGAGGAUCUCCCUUGUCAACUUCGUCAGCCCUCUUACCUCCAUCAUCAUCAUCCUUAUCAUCAUCUAAAUGGAGGAGAACUUCAGCAGUACCUGACCUCCCAUGCUCCUCUUCUAUCUCCCAGUGUUGGGCAGAGCCUCUGAGCUGGCCUUCCUGAAGGAGCCCAAUGAUGUCAUCGCCGUGCGUGACCGGCCCCUGAUGCUGGACUGCCAGGUAGAAGGGGAGGGGCCUAUCUCUGUGAUGUGGCGGCGCAAUGGAGUGUCCGUUCCCACCGGGCCGAAGGCUAGCGUGUUGGCCAACGGAACUCUCCUGAUCAAGAGCUUCCAGAAGAAAAGAGAGAGCAACGAGACGGACGCUGGGGAGUAUGCCUGUGCUGCCCAGAACCACUAUGGCAUGUUGAUCAGCCGCAAGGCCAGGGUUCAGCUGGCAUCUCUCCCUAAGUUCCACAUACACCCAGAGUCCAUGUCGGUGGAUGAGGGUGGCGUUGCCAGAUUGACCUGCCAGGUGAACGGAAUCCCAGAGGCCAGCAUCUCCUGGGAGAAAAACAGAACUGCUGUGAAUACUGACGAUAACAGGUACACCAUCCUGCCCACAGGGAUCCUGCAGAUAACCGGUGUAAGGCAGGCUGACAGUGGUGUGUAUCGCUGCGUAGCCACCAACAUCGCUAACACUCGCUUCAGCCAUGAGGCCCAGCUCACUGUCACUGUGGCAGCUCCACGGAUCUACAAGGAGCCGGUGAUUCUGUCGGGUCCUCAGAACCUGACCAUCACUGUGCACCAGACCGCCAUCUUGGAGUGCAUCGCCACUGGCAACCCUCGACCCAUCGUGUCCUGGAGUCGGCUGGACGGGCGCUCCAUCGGGGUGGAGGGUAUCCAGGUGCUGGGUACGGGGAACCUGAUGAUCUCAGAUGCCAACUUGCAACACUCUGGGGUAUAUGUGUGCUCUGCUAACCGCCCUGGCACCAGGAUGAGGCGUACUGCGCUGGGCAGACUGGUGGUGCAGGCUCCUCCUGAGUUUUUGCAGUGGCCGCAGUCUGUCUCCAGACCAGCAGGGAGCAGUGCAGUGUUCACCUGCAUGGCCCAGGGAGUCCCCGAGCCUCACCUCAUCUGGCUGAAGAACGGCAAAAUCCUGACGCCUGGUGACAACGUCAAGCUCACCAACAAUAACAGCACGCUGGCGGUGACGCGCAUCACCACGGAUGACGAGGCCAUCUACCAGUGUAUUGCUGAGAACAGCGCUGGCACCAACCAGGCCAGUGCCCGCCUGGCCCUCACCCAGUCCACGGAGUUGCCCGAGGCCCCUCAGGACCUGACGGCCACGGCCCUGUCCCCCACCACUCUACAGCUCACCUGGGCCCAGCCUGCCCCAGAGGUCACCGACGGCAUAAUCGGAUAUGUGCUGCACAUCCGCAUGUUGGGCGAGCCAGACAGCAGAGAGCUGCAGGAGGCUGUCAGUAAGACCACCUUCCAGCAUGACUUCACCACCCUGGAGCCUGCCACCACCUACUCCAUCUACCUCAAGGCCUACUCCCCUCUGGGAGCCAGCCAGCAGUCCAGCACUGUGGUGGCUACAACACUAGGGGGCGUACCCAGUUCUCCCAGUUUCUUCACCAAGGUGCUGAACAAGACGGCCAUGCAGGUGUUCUGGGAGCUGCCCAGUAAGUCGGGCAAGGUAGAGGGCUUCAAGCUGUCCUACCGCGAGGUCCCCCAGCCCAACUUCCAGGGGCAGGAAGUAUUUCCCGGUCACAUCAACACCCACACCAUCUCCCAUCUAGAACCCACUGCUGUGUAUGAGAUCCAAUUGGUGGCCUACAACGGCAAUGGGGACGGCACUGCCAACAAGCGUCUGGUUUCACUGGCUGAGAGUGGUACCAGCGCCAAGACCAGCUCCGGUGGGCAGAGCCCAUGUAACUGCAAGCAGGAGGACGAGGGGUCCAUGACUGGCAUUGUGGUGGGAAUCCACACUGGCAUGGCAUGUAUCAUUUUCUGUGUGCUGUUCCUCAUGUUUGGCUACCGCCGCAGGUAA